UAUUGUGUUUUUCAGCUCUGCCCAUCCCAGCCAGUGCUGCAAAACACACGGGUUUAUUUUACAAUUUGUAUUUCUAGAGCUGCAAAAACAUUGAUAUUUAUAAUUAUGACAAAAUUUAUACAUAAAAAUAACUUCUCUUUUAGGUUUGGUUACUUUGCGAUGGUUAAAUUCGUUCUCGACCAGUGCAACGUUUGAAGUUAUGACAAUUUAUAACAGUUUCCCUUGUUGUAUGCAAGUUGAGAAUGUGUUUUUAUGCAUUUUCAUCGUUAUCCCACACUGGCGGUCGGUGAACAUUACUUUUUCUCUGUUUAUGGGCCCCGGUGCAUUUUCAUUUUUCCCGGCUCACCCAAACUCUAGCAGAUACCAACGCCGCCACCUGUGUGGCAACCAAAGGCGCGGGCACCCGGGCAGCCAGAAUCGAAGAAACAGUGUAUCCCCCCGCAGUGACGACGGCGGGCGACAAGCAACAAGUUGGGCAGGAGGAGGCGACGACGACGACGGCGGCCAAGGCGAAGGGGAAGCCCGUCAAGAUGCCGGUCAAGAUGUACGAUGUGACGGCGCGGGUGUUCAGUGCGAUGCAGAAUCUGGACAUAACGCUGCUGGCCAGCUAUCCGGAGACGGAGAUACGGCCGGUGCUGCCGUCGCUGGUCCGCAUGAGCCUGUUGUCGCCGCUGGACAACACGGAGUCGUCGAUGGAGUCGCGCAAACAGAUCCUUGCCGUGCUCAUUGGCAUCGAGGUGGUAAACAGCAUCGUCUCCUAUCUGCAGGUCAACUACCACGAGCUGGAGAACGAGCUAAAGAAGGAGCUGCAGACGCGCCAGAAGGCGGUCUACUUCGAGGGCCAGCAGCAGCACGAGUACGGCCUGCAAUCGGGCAUUGCCCUGGGCUUCGAGCGUGCAGAUGUGGCGCGCAAGGUGCGGGUGGUGCUCUCCGAGAUCUUUAAUCUGCAGCAGCAGGUCCAGGAGCAGAAGCCGGCAGCCCAUUCCGAAAUGUUAGACGACGGUAUCUAUUUGGAGGAAGUGGUUGACAUUCUGUGCAUUGCCCUGGCCGAGCUGCCAUCGCUGCUGAACAUCCUGGAGCUAACGGAUGCCCUGGUGCAUGUGCCCAAUGGGCAUCGCAUCAUUUGUGCCUUGGUGGCCAACUUUCCCGACUGCUAUCGCGACGUGGUCUCGCAUGUGAUAGCCAACUGCGAUGAGGAGGGCAGCGAUGGCAAGCAUCGGUUGACUUUGUUGAUGGCCCUCAGCGAGAUGAACCCGUCGCAGGCGCUGGCCAAUCGCUCCAUGUGCGUGGAGAUGCUCAAGGUGCCGUCGUUUAUGCUCAAGCUAACGCUGAAGCAUCCGGAGGAUCUGAUUGCCUUUCUCACCGGCCUGCUGCUGGGCAAUGACCAGAACCUGCGCUCCUGGUUCGCUGUGUAUAUCCGCUCCAGCCAAAAGCGAAAGGGCGAUGCCCUGAAUCUGGUGCGGGUUGAGCUGUUGCAGAAGGUGAUACAGACGACGAGCAGGGCGACGGAGCUGCCAGACUUUAAUCUACAGGGAGCGGUGCUCUUGCGGCUGUACUGUGCGCUCCGCGGUAUUGGCGGUCUCAAGUUCAACGACGACGAGAUCAAUGCUCUGUCCCAGCUGGUAACCAGUUGCCCGCAGGCGACGCCAUCGGGCGUGAGAUUUGUGACGCUGGCGCUGUGCAUGCUCAUUGCCUGCCCCUCGCUGGUGUCGACCAUACCGCUGGAAAACAAGGCAGUGGAGUGGCUGCAGUGGUUAAUCCGCGAGGAUGCCUUCUUUUGCAAACGCUCCGGCACCAGCACCUCGCUGGGCGAGAUGCUCCUCCUUCUGGCCAUCCAUUUCCAUAGCAAUCAGAUAGCCAAUAUCAGCGAAAUGGUCUGCUCCACGCUGGCCAUGAAAAUCCCGAUCCGACCGAACAGCACCAACCGGAUCAAGCAACUAUUCACGCAGGAUCUGUUCACCGAGCAGGUGGUGGCCCUGCAUGCGGUCCGUGUGCCGGUGACGCCAAACUUGAAUGGCACACUGCCGGGCUAUUUGCCGGUCCACUGCAUCCAUCAGCUGCUCAAGUCGCGGACAUUUCUGAAGCACAAGGUGCCCAUCAAGUCGUGGAUAUUCAAGCAGAUCUGCAGCUCGGUGCGGCCAGUGCAUCCGGUGAUGGCCGCCAUGGUUGAGGUGUUUGUGAACACGCUAAUUAUACCGAAUCCCACCGGGAAGGUGAACAUCGAUCACAUGCACAGACCCUUCACCGAGGCGGAGAUCCUGCAUGUCUUUCGCACCUCCCAGCUGACGUUUUUUGCCGAGGAACUGCCACCAAUGGCGCCGGAGAGCGAGGAGCUGGCCCAGAUCGAGGUGAGUUGUCCGCUCACCGCCCAGCUCCUGAUGAUCUACUAUCUGAUGCUGUACGAGGACACGCGCCUGAUGAAUCUGAGUGCCCUGGGCGGGCGCAAGCAGAAGGAGUACUCCAACAACUUCCUCGGCGGCCUGCCUCUGAAAUAUUUGCUGCAGAAGGCGCAUCACUACCAUCACGACUACCUCUCGCUCUUUCACCCGCUGCUGCGUCUCAUCAUAUCCAAUUAUCCGCAUCUCAGCAUGGUGGAUGAUUGGCUGGAGGAGGAGCAUAGUCAGGCGCAGGGCGGUAGCAUGACAAUCGCCACCAGCUCCAAGCGCGAGCUGAAGCCGCACCAGCUGGAUCGCGCUCUGGCCGCCAUCCAAACGAAACCGCAUCUGGCCAUUAGGGUGUUCAAGCAGCUGCUCCAACUGCCACCGGAAUCUCUGGCCCAGUACGGGCAGCAGCUGGUGCAGCAUCUGCCGCUGGUGUUCGCCAAACCGGUGCCGCGCUACAUCAAGGAUCUGUACAAUGAUAUAUGGCUGCGCCUGAACGCCGUCCUGCCCACCACCCUGUGGAUCAUGUCCCUGCGAGCGAUCACCAAUGGUUCGGAUUCGCUGACCAGGCGGACAUUUGCCAACGAGAGCCUGCUGGAGCCCAUGGAGGUGCUCAGCUGUCCACGGCAGGUUUUUUGCUCGCCCUACCUGCUGAUGAUUCUGCUGCGCAUUCUCAAGGGCAGCCUGGCCGCCUCCAAGACCUACCUCAACGUGCACAUGCAGCAGAAACAGGUGGUGGACAAGAACGGCCUCGUGCAGACCGAUGCCGAUCGGGAGGAGCUAAAGACCACGCUGAUUGCCUCGCAGGAGAGCGCCGCCGUUCACAUCCUUCUCGAGGUGCUGGAGUAUAUGGCCAGCAAGGCCAAUGACCGGGUGUCGCAUCUGGAAUUGCGCGAAAUUCAGGGCAUUAUCGGUACAUAUGUCCAUCAGGCGUUCAUCUCGGAACCCUCGCUGGCCAAGCUGGUGCACUUCCAGACGUAUCCCAAGUCGGUAAUCCCCAUGAUUGUGGCCAGUGUGCCGUCGAUGCACAUCUGCAUUGACUUUGUCCACGAAUUCCUCAAUGUCACCGAAAUGGACAAGCAGAUCUUUACCAUUGAACUGACCUCGCAUCUCGUUCUCAAUUACUCCAUACCCAAGAGUCUGGGGGUCUCCAAGUUCUGCCUGAAUGUGAUCCAGACGACGUUGUCGCUGCUCACCGCCUCCACCAAGUGCAAGUUCCUGCGGAACGUAUUGCCGGCGAUGGUGCGUUUCGUUGAGACAUUCCCCAUCCUGGCCGAUGACUGUGUUAACAUCCUGAUGACCACCGGUCGGAGUCUGCACUCCCAGUCGUCGCUGGGCGUGACCACCAUGCAGAUGCCGCUCACCGAGAGCGCCAAGCUGUGCUCCUAUCGGGAUGCCCAGCUUCAUAUAAUCAUGAUCGAGGAUGCGUUUAAGGCGCUGGUCACCGCCGUAAUGCAGAAGUCGGAGCUGUAUUAGUCUAGCCUCUCCUAAUCCCUGUAAGAAACCCGCCCUCCUCCCCAAUUCUCCAGCUAAAUAUAAUAGUGUUUUGUACAAUUGAUAAAAAAAAGAGUAAGAUAUGACCAAAAUAAAAACAUUUAUUGCUAAAA